CCGUUAAGGAAGAGAAGAGCACAUCUGGGCAGCGUCACCGGACCGGGGCUAGACUCCUCUGCGAUACAAACUGGAAUAAAGGUGGAAAGUCUUUUUACAAACGUACAAGAAUCACCUUCAUCAUGCCUUUGGUGGUCUUGAAGCCGUCGCGUUUGAUGUGGGCGCGUUUGGCGGCUCUAGUGUUCACUUGUGUGGCGUUCAGCGUGGCGUCCCACGGAGGGUUGCCCGCCGGCGGGACGGCCGACUGGUGCGUGUUCUGCUGGGCGUUCAGCUUCGCGGGAACCCUUCUGGUCCUCCUGGUGGAGCUCCUGGGUCUCCAGUCUCGCGCCCCGGUGUCCUGGAACAACUUCCCCAUCACGUUCGCCUGCUACGCCGCGCUCCUGUGCCUGUCCGCGUCCAUCAUCUUCCCGCUGUACUUUCUGAAGGGUUACUUUGGCCAAGACGAGGUCCGGGAUCACCGAAUCGUGGCCACUGUGUUCUCCUGCCUGGCCGCCGUCGCUUACUUCGUGGAGGUGUGUCUGACACGGGCGCGACCGGGAGAAGUCGCCGGUUACAUGGCGACGGUUCCGGGUCUCCUGAAGGUCUGCGAGACUUUUGUGGCCAGCGUCAUAUUUGUGUUCGUCAGCGACCCGGUCUCCUACGACAGUCACUCCGCUGUGAAGUGGUGCAUGGCCGUGUACUGCAUCUGUUUCGUGAUCUCGGCUGCCAUCGUGGUGUUGUGUAUCGGCGAAUGCACCGGCUGCCUUCCUUUCCCGUUCGCACGCUUCCUCUCCGCCUACGCUCUUCUGGCGGUUCUCAUGUACCUCACCGCCACUAUCAUUUGGCCGGUCUUCAAGUUCGACAGCCGCUAUUCGGGAAGCUCGAGGCGACCGGACUACUGCCGAAACUCUCACGGUUUGUGCCCGUGGGAUAAAUUGGUCGCCGUGGCCGUUCUCACCGCGCUCAACUUCCUGAUUUAUCUGGCGGAUCUGGCGUAUUCUGCCCGGCUGGUGUUCGUCACGGCAUAAGAGAGGGCAAACAAUCAAUCAGUUUUCUUGGACAUUGAUCUUUGAAAGCCAAAGAUUUUAAAUACAGUGUUUUAAUGAGUUCUGGAAAUGCUGAAUAAUGGCCCGUUCAAGUCAUGUCUGAAAGAUCGUAUUUACGAGUUAAACGCAUAUAAAGUCGUAAUUACGAGUGGGAAACAAUGUUGUUUUAGUGUAUGAAGGAAAAUUGAUGGAGUAAUGAAAUCUGGUAUUAUCUUUGAGUUUAUGAGUUGGGGUGUGUUUCAGUUAGAAAAUAAGCAAUGGCUGCAUCGAAUGGUAAAUUUGUUUAAAUUAAUUACUUUUUCAUAGAUUCAAGAAAAAAAGUCAAAAACACACCUGAUACUCAUUCUUUACUAAAGGAUUAGUUCACUUCAGAAUUCAAAUUCAUGUCAGAAAGAUCAUAUUUACGAAUUACGCCUUUAAACGCCAUGACACUGUGGGAAAUUUUAGUAUUUACUAGUAAGGAACUACAGUAUUUUCUUUGAUCACAGAGUUUAUGAGUUGGGGGCGUUUCAGUAAGAAAAUAUGCAAUGGAUGCAUUGAUGUUUAUUGAUGGUAAAUUUGUUUAAAUUAAGAAAAAUAUAUUACAAAAAAAUCCUGAUACUCAUUCGUUAUUAAAGCAGAAUUAAAAUUCAUGUCAGAAAGAUCAUAUUUACAAGUUACGCAUAUAAAUAUAAAUAACGCAUAUAAACGCCACGACACAGUUGUAACUACGAGUGGGAAAAAAAGUGUUAUUUUGGGAUUUACUAGUAAGAAAAUUUUGUAUUUUCUUUUAAUGUCUUUGAAUUUACGAGUUUGGGGCGUUUCAGUGGGAAAAUAUGCAAUGAAUACAGUGUGUUAAUUGAUAGUAAAUUUGUUGAAAUUAAGUCCUUUUCCCCCCUUUACACUAAAACUAGCUUAAGAUACAUUGCCCGGCCAAAAAUGUCACUGUUUGGAUUUUAAUAGGCAAAUGCUGAAGAGUCACUGAUUGGAUCAUUAUUGCUGUGAUUAUUAUGUUUCUAGCAUGAUAUAUAUUUGGCAACAGUUCCUUCUAACCUGAUUUAAUGGAGAAUGUAGUGAUUUAAACACACCUGACAUCAUAAUUUCAACUUUCUAACUCAUAAAUAUGAGCUUCCCAGGACUUGAACGCACCAUAAGAUUGUAUUUUAAUGUGAUUAGUGCAUUUUCUGAUUGUACCACUGCUGCCUUAUUAUGAGUGUGUGUGUGUUAAUGUUGCUGUGUUAAACUACUGUACUUUAUUUGUGCUGUUUUACGUGAUUUGAAGCGUAUUUGUUUGUCAUAAGUGUUAUCAUUGACCCAUGGCAACACAAUAGCGUUUCAGCAGGUCAAAGUUCAUGUGUUAUAAUGCAAGCGAACAAUCCCAGAGCAAACAUGUUUUUAUAUUAUUUUCUGAAAUAUUCAAAUAAAGUUUCAUUGUGAUAUGUAAA